GUGUUUUUCGUUUGUUUCGGUUGGCUUUUAUCACUCGCCUUUGGCUAAUGGUCCGCAGUCCGGCCGCGUUAUCAGGCAAUUGGUGAGACCGAUGCGUCACCUGUGCGUGUGCUGCAUCCGAGAACCAUGAACUACUCCUAUUCGUCGCUCUCCACCGGUGGCGGUGGAGCAGGACCCGGUGGCGUAGACCACAAUCGCUGUUGCGGGAACCGGGCCUGGUGUGUCAAGGACAUCUGCGGCAUUGUGUGCGUGGUAAUGACCUGGCUGCUAAUCCUUUUCGCCGAGUUCGUGGUCAUGCGCCUCAUCCUGCUGCCCAGCAACUACACGGUGUUCAGCACACUCAACAUGAUCGUAUUUCAGUCGCUUGCAUUCCUUGCGUUCGCGUCCCACAUACGCACAAUGCUCUCGGACCCGGGCGCUGUACCCCGUGGCAAUGCCACAAAGGAAAUGAUCGAACAGAUGGGAUAUCGCGAGGGUCAGAUGUUCUACAAGUGCCCCAAGUGCUGCAGCAUCAAGCCAGACCGUGCGCAUCACUGCUCUGUUUGCCAGCGCUGCAUCAGGAAGAUGGAUCACCACUGUCCCUGGGUCAACAACUGCGUGGGCGAGAACAACCAAAAGUACUUUGUACUCUUCACGUUUUAUAUAGCUUCGAUCUCCGUGCACACACUCUUCCUGGUUCUCACUCAAUUUGCGGAGUGCGUUAAAAACGACUGGCGCACUUGCUCUCCGUACUCGCCACCGGCCACCAUAUUUUUGCUGCUCUUUCUCACCUUUGAAGGCCUAAUGUUCGGUAUAUUCACCAUCAUCAUGCUGGCCACUCAGCUGACGGCCAUCCUCAACGAUCAGACGGGCAUCGAGCAGCUGAAGAAGGAGGAAGCCCGCUGGGCCAAGAAGUCGCGCCUCAAGAGCAUUCAGUCGGUGUUUGGACGCUUUUCGCUGGCUUGGUUCUCACCGUUCACGGAACCCUCCUCCUGCCGAACGAAGUUCCAUUCGCACUUUUACUCUGUGUGAAGAAGGCUUUGUCUUGAAAACUGGAUUAGCUUAAUCGAACAAUACUUGAACCAACGUACAAGGGCAACAAGUAACCGCCACUUGUUGCUCCGCUGCAAAUUGUGCAAUUUUUGUAUUUUCAAUCAAUUUUCUUAACAUUAUUUACCUUAAUAGUAUGUGUGUGUGUUUAGGAAUUAAAUAUACGCAGCCUUAGCCAGGUGGAGAGUUGUACUUACCUGAAAGCCGUACUAAAUUAA